AGACUAGCGACCGUUUUUCCGUGUAACACCGGAAGUAGAAGGAAUGUCAUUCUACUGCAGGACGAACAUGAGACUGUUAUGUCUGGUAUAAUGACGUGCCCGGGCUAAAUGAACGAGCUGUAGUUGUGUUGUAUGAUAAUUGUAAAUAAUAAAAAUGACAGCACUGACGUGUAAGUUUAUUAAACUAGCCGAUGGUUUGCUGAGAAGAGCGCCAGGAACCGUUUACCGAGUUGGAGCAGCGCUGCAGAGCAGAGCCCCUGUCAUUCAGUGUACGAGAACGCAUCGGACAAACACAUGGUGGGAUGAGCACCUCACAGAAGAUAAUGCUUCCUUCCUAAAGAAGGUUGUUACAGAGGAAUACAAACAACAGACCACAGACAAACUCAGUCCUCUCAAGGAUGAGCCCUGGCCCAGACAUGAGUGGGCGGAAGGGAGUCGGAGAGUCGGUCUUGUGGCCGUUAAACUUGGAAUGAUGCCUGUGUGGACCAAAUCUGGAGAGAGACACGUAGUGACAAUGCUGCAGGUGCAAGACUGUCAUGUUGUGAAACAUCUAUCCAAGGAAGAGUAUAAUGGACACACAGCGGCCCUGAUUGUGGGUGGGAAAAAUGUCUCUCCGUUUCAUAGGCCAGAGGGAUAUUUAGACGUUUUCCGGAAUGCAGGAGUUCCUCCCAAACAGAAACUCACCACGUUUUGUGUGUCAGACAACGCCAUCAUCAAACCAGGCACUCCUCUCUAUGCAGCUCACUUCCGUCCAGGACAAUAUGUGGAUGUCACAGCAAAAACAAUUGGUAAAGGUUUUCAGGGAGUGAUGAAGCGCUGGGGGUUCAAAGGUCAGCCAGCGUCCCAUGGACAAACUAAAACACACAGGAGGCCAGGCUCUCUGGGGCCGGGAGGGGACCCAGCAAAAGUUUUCAAAGGAAAGAAGAUGCCAGGCAGGAUGGGAAACAUUUACGACACCAAUCAUGGCUUGAAGGUAUGGAGAGUGAACACCAAGUAUAACAUCCUCUACGUCAACGGAUCUGUCCCGGGUCACCGCAACUGUCUUGUUAAGGUCAGGGACUCAAUUCUGCCCACUCGGUUGGAGAACAACAAGAACCCGCCAUUCCCCACGUUCUUUGCUGAUGGAGAUAAAGAGCUCCCUGAAGACCUUUUUGAUGGAGACAUGUUCCAGUUUGGGGAGGCCAUGCCUGAAUGAGGUUGUGACCCCACAAUUAUUGCAUCUAGUGGAUUCAGCACUGCUGGGCUAAGAGACUUUUAAAGAAGUGUCAAGUAAACACAUAAAUACAGGUGUUCAGGUACAGAGUAAACUCAUACUUCUGUAUAACAUCUGGAUCAUGUUGAGGUGUCAAACGCAGUUGUGUAUUUUAACAAUAAAACCUGUUUGAUAUAA